AUGCUGAAGAGAAAAACAAGGCCCUCAGUGGCAUCGCACAAGAGAACUAAAGGAAAUUCGCUGAGAACUAAAGGAAAUUCGCUGAGAAGCUCGCAUCUUCCUUCCCUCCACAAUCUCGUCAAAGAAAUCAUCCAACUGCCACGUUAUCCCCUCUGCCCCACAUUGACUCUUUUGUUUAUAUCGAUACCAAUUUCGCUCUCAUAUCCGAUAUCCGUACUCUUGAUCGUCAUUUUCAGUUCGUCCAACGCAAACUUUGCGGCCCAAAGCUCAAAAAGAACGACUCCGGGCUCAAGCCCGAGACAGGCUACCACAGUCACAAUCCUGUCGUGCAGACUGGCGCUUGAGGCCACGAAGUUGGAGCCGAUAAACGGGCUUACAAUCUCUUCUUGGUUGUUCUCUCGGCAGAAGCUGGUCUCGGGCCAGAAGUAG